UGAGUCAACGUGCCAGCAUGUGUAACACCAGGACACUGUGAGUGCUGAAACCUAAUGAUAUACAGCUAUUAAUAAUCUUUUAAGUUACACUUGUACUUCCACUAAUGAAGCAGUGUGAAAAAGACAUGUUACAGGGGAAGGGGAAACUCCGUUGUGGUCUGAUCUAAAGUCAGCAGUGCUGGAGCUGUUUGUUUAGUUUGCUUCACCAAACUGGUUAGUGCUGUUUCAGGGUUUAUUGACCCACUGAAGAAGCUGAGCAAGACCUGACCAACCAAAUUAUCACAGACAAACAGUCAACUUAAUCAAUUUCCUCUUGGGAAGCCCACUUUAGUACAGAGGUCAACCUCUUGUACAAUGACACCUUUAAGAUAAAAGGCAGUUGUAGUUAUAUGAGGAACAAAUGUGACAACGUCUGAAUAUAGCUGUUAUUUGCAGAAAUAAGUGCAGUUGGUUUAUUAAAAUUUGUCUUUUAAAGGCAGCCUGUGGAGUUUUUGACCACUAGUCAGACUAUGGAGUAAUGUUUUCACAAGAGGGCUCCUGUUUGGUUUCUAUGGUGCACAUGCAUGACUGUGAUGAGAUACACUUUACUGCCACCAGCUUCCUGCUGCUCCACUGAUAGACUGUCAUUGAUGGUAAGGACAAAGAGGGUCAACAAAGGAAGAUGACUGUAAGUCAGCUAACAUGGAUGUAAAAAAGUAGAGUUUAAACAUUUUAUGCUCAGCUAGCAGGCACACUGUCUAAUAUGUUCACAAUCUUAAUUUAGCAUGUUAACAUGCUAACACUCUGUAAGUAGUAAUAAACACAAAGAACAGCAGAGACUAAUGGACAGACUGACAUUUUGACCUGAUGACUGGUAAUGCUCUCCUUAAAGCAUGUUUAAGCAUGUUGGAGUUACCUCUGGCCACGCCCCUUUGGUGACGUAUCACCAGGUGUUUUACUAUCAACGACGGGUGGGAAACACCUGCUGUGACAUCACUUGUGAGGAUUUGAGCAGAGGUGCAGUCUGUCCGGGGGUUUCCGGCCACAGAGAGCGGACCAGCAGCAGCAGCACCUCGGGGCCCUCUGUCACCAUCACCAUCCCCUCCUCGCGUUAUCACAGUGGGCUCUUUAAGAGAAGAGCUGCUCUGCAUCUGCUGAUCUGUCAGCAGCAGGCGCGGUGCCGCCCUCCCUGCACAUACUGCCGCUGCACCUCAGGGGACCGACAGACACCCGGCGUACUAACUGAGAGACUCACUCAGUGCUCAUGUUACUGGAGCAGCCGGCACAUCAGACGUGGAUAUUUGAGCGUUAUGGAUAAUCGCUGAUCGAAACUAAAAUGCGCCGGGCCCGCCGUCCUCGCCAUCCCGGGCUAUGCAGGUGUAAAAGGUAACCAGACUGAGCUGCUGAGGAGGGAGACACGGCCACGCUUCUAUCUCGGGAUCACAUCAUACAUGUUUUAUGUACAGCCAUGACAUUUUCUGUGUGGGAAUGGACGGCUUCCUCUGGCGCACGCCUUUAAUUUCACUCAUCGUGUUUGGCGUCUUCCGUGGUUUGUCCGGUUUCGCUGGUUCAGCGACUGGAGGAAACAGCAGCUGCACUUCGAUCAAACGCUGGAGCUCAGUAUGUCCUCUGUGGUGGUGUCCCACCUGGGUGAGCUGAGCCUGGGAGAACUACCCAUGGAGAGCUGGAUGUCUCACUUGCCAUGUGCUCUGUGGGACACCCCCCUGUACCACCUGGCCAUCCCAGGCAGCCACAAUGCAAUAACCUACUGUCUGGAUAUGAAUGACAGAUCCCCCGUUGACCUCACCCAACCAGACAUGCUUCAAAAGCUGGACAAAUACAUGAAGCCGCUCAUUCGUCCCUUUGUGUACAAGUGGGCAAUAACCCAGGAGUAUACUAUAAAGCAGCAGCUGGACUGCGGAGUCAGAUACUGUGACCUGAGAAUUGCACACAGGCCCAAUGACAGCUCCACUGAUCUUUAUUUCUACCACGGUGUUUACACCACACUCACUGUGGAGACUGUCCUAAUGGAGAUAAGAGAGUGGCUGGACGCUCAUCCCAAAGAGGUGGUCAUUCUCUCCUUCAGUCACUUCCUCGGCCUGAGCCAGGAGCUCCACAUGCUGCUGCUCACCACCAUACGCAACGUAUUCACCUCCAAACUCUGUCCCAAAAUGGAAGCGUUAACUCUUCGACGCCUGUGGGCUGUAGGCUACCAAGUGAUUGUUUCCUAUGAACACAACAUUGCCAGCUGUCACAGCGACCUGUGGCCUCAUAUUCCUUACUGGUGGGCCAAUAAAUGCAAAGCUGAGGCUCUUAUCGAGGAGUUUGAACACAGGAAGCAACAUGGCAGACCAGGAGGUUUCUUCGUCACAGGAAUUAAUUUGACCGAGGACCUGAAAUACAUAUGCACACACCCGACAGAGUCCCUGAAGGACUUGGUGAUGUCCACGUAUCCGACUCUGCUCAGCUGGGUCAAAGAGCAGACUCCCGGCUCCAGAGUUGGCUCUCUCAACAUCAUUGCUGGAGAUUUUAUCACAGAGAGCCACUUCAUACCAACUGUUGUUAGACUGAAUGAGAAACUACUGAAAUGGUCCUCAUGACUUUUCACCAGUACGCAUUAUCCUACAAAAAAAAAAUGUGAAUCACAGCAUGAAAUACACACAAGCUUGUUUUAUUAAGAGCGAUAAAAAAAGAUACUCAAGUACUUGAAUUAUUCAUUUAAAUGCACUUACUGAAGGCAGUGAAAUGUAUAUUUCAGUCUUAAAGCUGCUUGGAAACAGACGUUUGGUAUUUUGACCUGCAUUUGUUUGUUUACAUUCAGUCAACUAUUCAUGCAAUGCACUGUUAUCAGAUUUCACGAGUCAGCAAGGUGGUCAGUUUUAUCUUACAGUGGCCAAAGCAAUAAUGAUACUACUAAUCUCACCUUAAUGUAGGCAUUUUAGAUGAGUAAGCACAAUGUAUUCAAAGAGCACAUACGACUGUAAUGUAGGACAUCAACUUUUAUAAAUAUGACAUGUGGGCAGCAAGUUUAAGAAGCAGUUACACUGUAUCACCUACAAUACAAUACCUGUAUGUAUCCAUAGAGAAUGUAGAGAAGCCAUGAAACUUAUGCAAAAUGCAUGGAAGAGUUAAUUGCAUGAACCCAACUUUGACUGUUCUACUUAUAAUUGACUUUAGCCAACAGGUUCGGCCUUUAUUUAAAAUAAUGCUGCACCACUGUGCCUGUGGAGAAAAGCUUUUCAAAUAAACAUGAGCAUUUUUAA